AUGUCUAACAAGCGAAUAGAACAAGCUGAGAUCGAGAAAUACUGGGAGAUCUUCUCCAGCCUUAGUGGCGGCGGCAAAUACCUCACCGGCGCUCAAGCAGCCUCCGUCCUCAAAAACAGCCAGCUUCGAGAUGACCAACUGGAACGAAUUUGGGACCUCGCGGACGUGGACAAUGACGGCAAUCUCGAUUUCGAGGAGUUUUGCGUGGCCAUGCGCAUAAUCUUCGACCUUGUGAACGGCGAAUACUCAGACGUCCCCCCUACCCUCCCCGACUGGCUCGUCCCCGAAUCCAAGGUUCACCUCGUCCAAGCCACACGCGCCCUAUCCGAUCCAUCCUCCCAAAGCUUCUCCUCUCCAGCGCUCUCCACCUCCUCAGACGACGAAGGCCUAAAAGACGGGUUCGACUGGUACAUGCCACCCUCCUCGCUCGAGAAAUACUCCGCUAUCUACACAACACACAAGACACCCCACGGCGACAUAUCCUUCUCCUCUCUCACUCCCCUCUACGAAAGCCUCGAUGUCCCAGAUACAGACCUCCGCUCCGCCUGGAACCUUGUCAACCCCGCCUCCUCAGAGGCGAUUGGGAAGAAUGCCGCCGUCGCUUUCUUACAUAUCUUGAAUCAGCGACAUGAGGGGUUUCGCAUCCCGCGGUCUGUGCCGGCUAGCUUGCGCGCGAGCUUUGAGGAAGGCAGGGUCGACUAUAAUAUGGAGAGCUCUAACGGUGAGGUUAGGACGAAAGGAGGAAGGGGGGCAGGGAGGUACGAUGACAGUAGCUCCACAGGCCGAAAAGCCAAGUUUGGGGAUGCAUAUUUAGAGCGCCUGGGGGUCGGGGAUCGAGGGGUCAAGGGCACAGAUUUCAGCGGGGUGAAGAAAGAUGGGGAAUGGGAGGAAGUCCGGCUGAAGAAAGAGUAUAGGGAGCUGGAAAGUAAGAUUGAGAGGGUGGAGAAGGAGGCGCAGAAGAGGAGGCAGAGAGGUGGAGGCGGUGGCAGGAGGGACAAUAAGCCAGCAUUGGUGAAGCGGGAGCUGGAAUUGUUGCUGGAUUACAAGAGGAAGGAGAUUAGGGAUCUGGAAACGGGCGAGGGGAAGUGGAAGGGCGCAGAUGAUCUGCGGAGGGUGGACGGUGAGAUACAGGGAGUGAGGGAGAUGGUGGAAGGAUUGGAACGGCAUCUGAGGGAACGAGAGGGUGUGCUGGAGGGGCUGAGGAGGGAAAUUGAGACUGAGAAACAGGGACGGUAA